AUGAUGCCCAUGGUGACAGUAGGAAGUUCGCGUAUUCAGGUAGGUGAUUCCAUGAAAUACCUGGGGGUAAUGAUUGAUGGUCUCUGGAAUUUCCGCAGUCAUUUUAAAUACGUUGAAAAUAAGGCGGUUAAAGUAAAUAGAGCGUUAAACAGAUUAAUGCCUAAUCUUAGAGGGCCUGGUGAGCGUAAGAGGAGGUUAUAUGCCACUAUUUUUACUUCAGUGGUUAUGUAUGCCGCACCGAUUUGGAGUGAAGCCUUUGCAUCAGCCUCGGACAGAGUCACUCGUCCAUUGCGCAGACUACAGCGCACCUGUGCAAUUCGGUCUGUUGCAUCGUAUAGAACGGUGUCCUUUGAUGCGGUGACCCUGUUGGCUGGAUUUCCUCUUUGGAAAUUCGAGGCAACCUUGCGGUGUCGUAUAUACAAUAGAUUCAUAGAUCUAAAGGCUAGAAAUGUGUUCACGCACCAAACGGAUGCGGAGGUUCGCAAUGGUGAGAACCUUCUACUUUUGCGACAGUGGGACGUCUACUUAGGUAGACCUGGAAUUUCGGGUCUAAAGACGGUGUCUGCGCUUCGUCCGUUCUUAGGCAGAUGGUUAAAUCGGAAUUUCGGAGAGGUCAAUUAUUACAUGUCGCAGAUGAUGACCGGACAUGGCAGUUUUGGUCAUUUCUUGUAUAGGAUAGGUAGACGCGAUACGGCGGCAUGUUAUCAUUGUUCUUCUGCUGAUGAUUCGUUGGAUCACACUAUUGCCGAGUGUUCAGCCUGGGACAUUCCAAGAUUUGAGUUUAGGCGUAAAAUGGGUUUAGGAAAUAAUGACAGCUUAACCCUGAGGGUAAUAGUUGAAAAGAUCCUUCAAAAGAAGGAGUACUGGAAUGCCUUCUCACACUUUGCCGUUGUCGUUCUUAAAGUGAAGGAGGAGGAGAGGAAGCGUGAGGGAGCCUCUUCUCCCUCGUUCCCAAUUCGAGGACCUCCAUAG